AUGAGUGAGCCGUGCGCGUGCAAGGGGUGCGCAAACAGGGCACUCGUGGCGCUGCCCAAGUGCGACUUCUGCAGUCACCGCUUCUGCGCCGCGCACCUGCUGCCGGAGCGGCACGGGUGCGGGGAUGCGUGCAAAAACGCCUCGCAACGACAAGCGACGGCGGACGCGGCGGCGCAGCGGCAGUCGCGCAAGCACAUCGGCAACGACGACGCGAAGAAGCGACUGGACAAAAAGUUAGAGGCCGGCGAGGCGGCGCGCCGCAAGAAAACGAAAGGUGGGCCACACAAAAAGUGA